AUGCGGCUACCCGGAGUCAAGGACGUCUUCAAUCGCAAGUCGGUACAGCCCGGCACCAAGCGCCGUGAGUACAAACCCCGAGGCUUCAUGAUUUCCUGCGAGCAUGGAUUUGGCGUUGACCUCUGGGCUAUCGGAGUUGUGACACUGAAAUUGAUGACGGGGGAAGAGUGCAGCAUUGAAGAAAUGGGAGCUGCCCCAAGCAUAGAUCAAUGGUUGGACAGCAAACUCAGCACCACUUUUGGAGGCUUCAGCAUCUCACAAGCUGGGAGGCAUUUCAUCAGCCGUUGCCUCACGCUACAACCCAGUGACCGCAUCACUGCAGCGCAAGCCGUGCAUCAUGAGUGGUUCUCAAGUCCCGAAAGCGACCAUGUUGUACUUUCGAAAAUGGAAGAGGAGAUAAGGACUGGUUGGAAACCGCGAGAAGUUCUUUUGCCAAUCAUCCAAGAGCUCCCCUCAAUAUCCGCGCCAGUUGCACAGGAAGUGGUGACAGCGCAGGCAAAGUCUACCUACGUCUCACAAAAGGCAGAACAAAUUUUGAAACCACAUUCAAGGAAUUUUAAGAGGCCACUCGAUACACCCAGUGAUGUUGCACCAUGCAAACUGAUUAAGUGCGAAAGCUCUCGUGUUAAGACGGACAUAUAA